UUGUUUGUCAAUAUUUUUUUACUAAGUAAAUCAAAUUAAUUAUUUUAUUAAUUUUAUAUGAUAUAUAAUUAAAUUUCAAUGAUAUUGAGAUAAUUAUUUAAUAUAAAUAUUUAUUAUUGAGAUUUUUUAUUCAUUUGAUUUUAUUAAUAUUUGUAUAUUUUCUGUUAAUCAUAAACUUUUCAAUGUAAGAUUUUUUAGUGCAAAUUUCAAAAUUAAUGUAUUUGUGUUUUUAUGUGGUAUAUAUUUUAAUUUAAACGAUAUUAAAAUAGACAUAUAUAUAUAUAUUUAAUAUGCAUAUCUAUUAAAUGAGAUUUCACAUUCAUACGACUUUAUGAUCAUUGGUAUCUUGUUAUAACAAAAAAAAAAAAACUAUUAAUCACAAAUUUUCAAUGCAGGACUUUAAACAUUUUUAGUAAUUUAUAGUUGUUUUAAUUAAUUUUUUUUUUGAAAUAUAACAUAUAACAAAAAAAUCUAAAUUUUAUUACAUAGCUAAUGUGAUUUUUUAAUUUAUUUUAAAUAAUAUAAAAUUAAACAAAAAGCAGCGAGGAUAUAAAAUUUUGUGUCAAAUCUUUAUUAUUCAUAUUCAUUAAUUGUCAUAAAUAUGUUAAUAAUAUAAGACAAUUUUGUAGCUUUUAUUUAAGGAAAGAAUGAAGAAUAUUUUUUUGUACACAACUAAUCAAUUUGAUAGUUAGUUUAAUAAAAAAGUAUAAUAUAUGUUUAGAUGGACAACCUAUUUUUCAAAAGAUUCUAAAAAUCAUUCUGGUGAUGAUACGUGGCUACAAAAAAAAUGUUGUAAUGCUUCUCAAUUAAUAUAUAAAGGAUUUCAUCGAGAACUACAAUCCCUAAUUUAUUUUGGUUUGGUUCGGAUCUAUUCGAACUACAAUCCCCAAAAAAAUCAUUCUGGUGAUGACAGUGAUCCAAGCAACUACCCAUAUAUAAAGGAUUUCAUCGAGAACUACAAUCCCUAAUCCCUAAUGGGUAUCAUUCGAGUUUGGUUCGGAUCUAUUCGAGUUUCGAGUUUUCAGGGUUAAAGAUUUUAGCUCCAUUCGUGUAUUUCUAAAUUUUGGUUCAGGUUCAGUUUGGAUCUUUGUGGGUUCGGUUCGGGUUUGGUAUUAAUCUGAUUUAUCCAAAUGUUUUCUUUAUCAAAUACUUUUGUACAAAUUUUCUAAUUUUAUUGAUAUUUUAAACAUAAUUUUAUUUACAUUGUACAGAUUUAGUAGCAUAUACAUUUUUAAAGUUAAAUUUUAAUUUUGCUGGAGCUCUGAUGCAUUUUGCACUUCAAGAUUGCCUCUUCUUUUUUUUGGAUAAUAUGAUAAUUACACAUGGUGACACAGAAAAGGGGUAUGCAUAUUCACACAAAAUAUUCAUUGUUUCUAUGAAAACACCAUACCAAAAACCUCAAAAACAUUUUAUUUCACCACUAAAAACUCUCCCCUAUGUCAAAGCUCUCCACCUGAGACCUUUCUGCUUAGAUAGAGAAUAUUGAUGUAUAGCAGUGUAGGUAAGUAUUCAUUUAUUAUUGGUUGGUUAGUUAGUUACUUGGUCAACUGAAAUUAUACAGCGUUGGAUAUUGAAAUUACUUAUAUGUGCCCAUAUUCAGAAAUCUGAUUAUAUUUAAAAAUUAAUAAUCGAUCCUGGCUUAGAUUACAAGAAUGUCUAAGUUUAAAAUUUACAAGAUUUUUAAGGAUUUCUAAAAGAAAAUAGGAUAUAACAAUAUGGGGUUAGUCAUGGCAAGAUAUGUAGAUAAUAUAUUAAGCAUGACAUAACUAUGAGAAAGUAACAUUGUUGGCUAGAAAUUAAACUAAGAUCGAUUAGUCAACUAUUGAAUCAGUUAUGAAAAGAAAAGAAAAAUAUUACAUAUGAUCUAUUGUCAACUCUUGCCUUUUGAUGAAGGGUAGUCGAUUCCAAGGUGCAAAAGUAACUCGUCUUGUACGUUUCAUCAACGAGUGGCUAUGUUAUGCUACAGAUUGUUUAAUACUCCAUAUAGAGAAGUUUGUCAAAGAAUAAUGAAAUCAGGAUUUCAAUGGGGAGGCCCUAGAGAAGUUUUUUUUUUGACUAAAUUUUUUUUUUUUUGCAUUAAAUUAAAUGUAACCGCUAUGGCAAUGGGGAUGCCCUAGAGAAGUUUGUCAAAGAAUCAAGCAUUCUACUUGUCACCGUCUUAGACAGUGAUCCAAGCAACUACCCAUAUAUUGACAAAUUCUUUGUCAGCCUUGCCACUCGGUAAAAGUUUUUAACAUCAUUCUUUAGUGUUUUGACAGUUUCUUCUAAUAUCUUCUGGUUUUGAUGGGCUGUAACAUUUUGAAAAUUUAGGUAAUGAUGUUCGUUAACUUCACUGGAGAGUUGCAUCUCUAAAAGCAGAGUACCGUGAAGUUGCUACAUCAUACAAAGGACAAGGUCUUUUCUUCCUUGCUGGUGAUGCUGAGAGCGGCCAACACGCUUUGCACAUUACUAUUUCAUUUUGCAUCUCCCAAUCAUUUUCUUCUGUUGUGAGUUUACACAUCCCUAAGCAGAGUUUUUCCUUUUGUGUAUAUCGGUCUUUGACAGUACUUUGGACUUGGAGAGACCCAAGUUCCCCUCAUAAUCAUCCUGACUCCGGAUAACAAGAAGUACUUGGAAAGUAUGGGUAGUAGUUUUUGAAGGUAUUCGUGAUCCGAUAUAUUUCGUCAGAACGAUCAAUUAUCCGAUCAGAUUCAAUUUGUAGCCAUCUAGAUAUUUGAUGUUUCAAGUAUCCGGAGAUUUAACCGGAUAUCUGAUCUAAUCCAUACAAAAAAAUAAAUAAAAAAAUCCAAAAUAAUAUAAAAUAAUAAUAUUUUUGACAAAAAAAUAUUUCCUUUUAAAAAUUCUAAUAACUACUAUAAUCAAUUUAAUAGAUAAAAAAUUAUAAAAUUUAUAUAAAAUAUAAUAUUUAUAUAAGUUAUAUAUAAAAUUUUAAAUAUAUAUAUAUAUACAUAUAACUAAUCUAAUCGAAUAUUCGUUCUUAAAAAUAUUAAUAUUUUUUUUAUUUGUUUCUUGUGGAUAUUACAUAUUAGUAUUUGAUUUGUUCGGUAGAGUUACAAAUAUCUGGAUUUUUCGGUUUGAAUAUAAACAAAUAACGAAUCAAAUAAAAAAUUUAUGGAUAGUUUGUUCAGUCCUAUUGGAAAGCAAACGUUAUGGUUGACCAGAUUGAGUCAUGGAUGAAAGACUUCAAGGUUUCAUGGAAAAGAGUUACGUAAAAUAAAAUAUAAACUAACCAAAGAACAUGUUUCCUUCAAGAACGGAAAGUUGCCGCCCGCAAAAAAUCUCAGCCUAUUCCAGCUGAGAACAACAAACCAGUGAAGGUUGUUGUAGCUGAGAGCCUUGACGAUAUAGUCUUCAAGUCUGGAAAGAAUGGUGAGCAACAUUUGAAAACUCUUAAUAAUACUUAUUUUGAUCUUCUUACAAAACAAAAACUGAUAAAAACAUCAAUUUAUCCAUCAGUCUUGAUUGAGUUCUAUCAUAUGCACCGUCGUGUGGACAUUGCCAAAAGCUUGCCCCGAUAUUGGACGAAGUGGCUUUAAAGUUGCAAAACGACCCAAGUGUGAUCAUAGCAAAAUUAGUAAGCCUCUUAUUUUUUUUUUUUAAUUUGUGCUGCUCACUGCUGCAUGUCAAAUCACUUUUUGAUAAUAUCAUACUAGAUAAUGGUCUUAACCACACGAUUGCAUGAGGGGUGUACAGGACGCGACGGAAAAUGAUAUCCCAAGUGAACCCUUUGACGUGAACGCUUCCCUGCCGACCAUUUACUAGAGAUCAGCGAGUGGAAACGUUAAUGUAGAGUACGAAGGAGACAGGACAAAGGAAGACUUUAUAAGCUUCAUUGAGAAGAACAAGGCAACAAAUUCACAUGGUGACGAGACCACUAGUACUAAGAUUGAGGAAGCAAAGAGGACUGGGGAAUCGGCCGCUAAGGACGAGUUAGUGGAAGCUUUAUUAUUCUUCUCCAAAUCCAUCAGAGUUUUUUCUUUAUAAUAAUAAUUAAAAAUGUUACAUUUUUUUUCUUUUUGAAAAUUAUUAUACGUCAGUUGCAACUUUGGACCGAAAUCAUAUUAUAAUGAUGUCAGAGACGAUCCCGAUAUUUAACACUAUCAUUAUAAAGUUUCCUAAAGUUUGCACCAAUUCUUCAUAAAUUUAAAUAAAGUAAAAUGAUCAAUCAUGAUCGAUCAUUUAUAACUUAAAGUGGUAGGCUGGUAGCCUGAUUCACGUGUUUUCGUGGACGAGCUAAUACGUGAAUGAUUAGAAGAAUACUUUAUGAUCACCAUUACCCCCAUAACAUAUAAUUCCUCCUAACAUUAAUUAUCCAAAAAUACUAUAUGAUCACCAUUCACCCGUAACAUAUAAUGCUCCUUAUUACAUAUAAAAUUUAGAAAAAAAACAUAUAAAAUUUAGAUUUAAUUAUUAAAUCGCGUUCUAUGAAAUUUUUGGCUGGCACACGUCACUGAUUAUGACCCUUCUGGUCGGGAAACAAAAACAUUAACAAAAGUAGAAACUUUUGGGCGAUAUCGUGAUUCACGUGGUUGUUGAAAAAAAAACAUUCACAUGAUUAAUCGACGGAUCCUGUUAAUUCAUCUGAAAGAUUUGAUAUCAUUAUAAUGAUAAUCAUAUAACAUACUAUAAUUUUAAAAAGUCCCUACUUUUGUUUUGUAGAUAAAUAAAAGAGGACUAACAUCUAAUCAUUCCAUUCGUAUCUUUUUUUAACAUGAGCCUUCUUCUGGUUGGUAAUCUACUAUCAGAAGGAUUAUUUCUAUUUCUAUUUUGUCAUGCUAAAACUUUAUUCUGAACUAUAUAUUGUCUUUCAGUCUUAUGUACGGUUAAUUAAUGGGUAAUUCUCUCAAAUAGCUUUUUUAAAAAAUUUGACACAAAAAUGACAUUCAAAAAAGAAAAUGACCAAAAUAGUUUUUUUUUUUUGAAAUUUUUAAUUUUUAUUAUUUUAUUUCAAAAAUUUGAAACUUAUCCCAAAAUCUCACUCCUUAUCUCUAAACCCUAAGUGUAGAUUAGUUAACUCUAAGAUAAAAACAUAUUUUUACCCUUUAAUAAAACUUAUUUUGAUCAUUUUAUUCAUUGAGUACAAAAACGUAAAAAUAGCUAUAUAGAGAAUUUCUCUAAAUUAAUUUCUUCAAGAUUUUGUAUGACGCUGCAGAGAUACUACGUAUAUAAAUAUAAAAUUAGGUUUAGUUGCAACCUCAAACCUAUAUCAUGAUGAUGUCAAUGGCGAGAGCAAUAUACAACAAACAGUAGUUAUAUUCAUCCUUACAUCAAUCAAAUAUAAUUAACGAUCAGUGGUUUUCUGGUGUUCCUCAACUAAAGAUUAGAAUCUGAGAAGAAGAAAAACGAUUAUAAUCUGAGUGGAUUAUAGAAAAACGAUAUCCUGAUUCACGAGGUUUAUGGAUUUUACGAGAUACACCUGAGAGUUAGUUUUACAAUGAUCGUCGAAAACCUAAAAAGGAAAAGAAAUAAUUUAAUGGGUCGCGGUUUCAUUAUAAAGUUUCUGUAAAUUAUUAUAGUAAAAUAUAAAUAUACGUCACUACUUUUGUUUAUAUUUUUGUUUUGGAAUUAAAGCAGAGAGGAUGAGUAAUCAUCUAGUCAUUCGGUUCCGUUCUGCUAUGACCCUUCUGAUUGGAGAUCGACUAUUAGAAGAAUCAUAUUAUUGUUUUCUGUUUUCCAACCGAUUGGUAAUUAGUAGAUUGGUCCAAGUAUCUUAUAUAUUACUCAAGUCUUUUUAUAUUUUUGAUAUAGGAUCUUCUUUCCAACACCCUCUCUCGAGAUAAUUGUGCGUAUAACCAUUAAUUUCGCAGAAUCCAUCAUAUCUCUCCGGGAGUAAUGCUUUAUUUUCAAGCGAUUUCGGCGGAACUGAGUUUUCUAUGAGCCAUCAGCUAAUAGGAUGAUCGGGCCACUAUCCGGACCGGAUUAAUGAGUCAGAGUAUUUGGUCUGCUCUGAUACCAUGAUAAAUUUUUUGGGCUUCCAACUUAAAAUCAAUUGGCAAUUAAUGGAUUAGUCCAAGUCUGUUAUAUAUUACUCAAGUCUCUUUUAUAUUUUCGAUGUAGGAUCUUUUCUCCAAUUUAUAAUGUUACAUUUACGUAUUUAAUAAUAUAAUAUAAGAUUUUUUGGGAAUGAUCCUCAAAAAAUUCCCAAUCAAAUUGUAAGAAAUUAAAUUUACAAUAGGUUUCCCUCAUAGGUUAAUUAAUAUAUCCUGAUAGAACUUAUGGGGGGUUCCUUCUGGCUAUGCAUAGUAGCUGGUUAAUAGACCAAACAUAAUUUAUUUUGUUAAAUCUAUUGGUUACAUAGCUAAAAGAUUGUUAAAUCUAAUUAAUUGGUUAUCCAAAUUUUAAUAAAGUUAAAAUUCAUAAAUAAUUAAAAUAAUUUUUUUUGAAACAACAAAUAUAUUAAAAAUAUCAUAUAUUAUAAAACGGAAGAAAAAUAAUAUAUAUAUAUAUAUAUAUAUGCUAUUACAUACAUGAGGCUAAAAAUAAUGUUAAAAUCGGUAGUUUGUGAAUCUAGAGCAAUAUUAUGUUGCAUGUAUAAUAUAAAUUUAUUUGCAAAGAUAAACUAUAGUAUAUACAUGAGAAACACAAAUGUUAACAUACACAUAGAUCACUGUUUUUAAACACACUUAAAAAUAGUUUUUCCUAAAAUCUAGCAAUAAACAAGGCACAGUAAUGAAGCGAUUUGUUUUGGUGAUGGUCCACACGCCACUCCCAAUGCUCUCCAUACACAUUAUUUUCUCGAUGAACACAAAUGGAGUAUAAACAUUAAUGUUUUUUUUGAGAAAAUAUGAACAUUAAUGUUUAGACAAAUGUAGACAAUACGCUGUCGGCCGAUGCAUGCUCCGUAAAAAUAAAAUAUUAGACAUAGUCUUGGUCACCAUUCCAAAUCUAAAGCCGGUACACUUGGCUUGAGAGUUCUCCGAUCCCUAUAAAAUGGAAUUUAUUGAGAGAGUUAAAAACCAUACUCUCAAACCACAAUAAUGUCAAACCAUUUUCAAGGGCCCGUAACCACUAACCCUAAACAGGUUUUAACCAAAGAAGAACAAGUAGCCGACGAGAACAUGGUGAGCUCGCAAGCCGAGAGUAUAGUUAACACUCUGGCUUUCCCUAUGGUUCUUAAAGCCGCCUUGGAGCUCGGCGUCAUCGAUACCAUCGCUGCUGCAGGCAAUGGCGCGUGGCUUUCACCCUCCGAGAUAACGGUUCGUCUUCCAACCAAGCCAACGAACCCGGAGGCACCGGUUUUGCUGGACCGGAUGCUGCGGUUACUCGUCAGCCACUCGAUGUUGAAGUGCCGUAUGGUAAAAAGCAGAGAAAAAGGUCGAACCGGAAAGAUGGAAAGGGUAUACGCAGCCGAACCGGUUUGCAAGUAUUUCUUGAAAGAUAGUGACGGUUCUGGUUCUCUCGCGUCUUUGCUCAUCAUGUUCCAUGACCAAGUCAUUUUUAAGACUUGGACAAAGCUCAAGGAUGUGAUACUGGAAGGAAGAGAUGCGUUCAGCAAUGCACACGGCAUGAGAAUAUUUGAAUACAUUAAUUUGGACGAACGAUUCGGUGAGCUAUUUCACCAGGCAAUGUCGGAAUCUUCCACGAUGGUCAUGAAGAAGGUGCUAGAAGUUUACAGAGGUUUUGAAGGUGUUAACACUCUCGUGGAUGUAGGAGGAGCAAAUGGCACCAUAUUAGGUUUAAUCACAUCCAAGUAUCCUCAUAUCAAGGGUGUUAAUUUCGACCUAGCUCAGGUUUUAACCAAUGCUCCAUUUUAUCCAGGAGUUGAACAUGUCUCUGGAGACAUGUUUAUAGAAGUUCCAAAGGGAGAUGCCAUCUUUAUGAAAUGGAUAUUACAUGAUUGGGCGGACGAACAUUGUAUUAAGAUUCUAAAGAAUUGUUGGAAGAGUCUACCGGAAAAAGGGAAAGUGAUCAUUGUAGAGAGGGUUACACCAACAGAACCAAAGGGUGGUGACUUUUUAUCUGACAUUAUGUUCGCUAUGGACCUGCUAAUGUUGACACAAUGUUCGGGUGGUAAAGAGAGAUCUCUUUCACAAUUCGAGAACUUAGCAUUCGGGUCAGGUUUUAUUCGAUGUGAAGUCAUUUGUCUUGUGUAUUCAUAUUCUGUUAUCGAGUUCCGCAAAUAGAUGUGGCAUUUGAAAAAGUAAAACAAUAAUUUGGUUGGCAGUCUGAAAUCAACAUUGCGGGCUAAAAAUCAUAUACUGAUUGUGAGGGUUUUUCUUAGUAUUUGUUAGUGAAUUUUAUUGCAUGCAGUAUUUUUACGGUA